CUAGAAUAUUCUAGUCUUCGUAUAGAACAUGAAUUGACAGGAACUUUUACCAUGUGAUCAUCAUCGAUUCAAUUGCAAGAUAUUUCAUAUAUAUCUAUAUAGAUAUGACACCUACAUAUGUUGUAUUUGUUUCGUACGUUACAAAGACAUAACAGUAAAUGACAAAAAAAUGUGUGUGUAUUAAAUACAACUGUAUAUAUAAUAGUGACAAAAGCGGAAAGCUGACAGAGGAAAAUUGGAUUUGACAAGGAGAGAUACAGGAUAUUAACCGACUUUUCUGAGGUUUCUUCUGAACUGAUAUUGUCACACAAUAACUUUAAAAUCUAAUUAUGUGUAACAAGAUAUGAACAAAUCCUCUAAAUUUUACUAUACAAAAUGUAGGUGAAAGGAACUCAGGAUUAGAAAACAUUUCUCCUAAAUGUUAAGAUAUUAAUUAUAUUUAAAAAAUAAAUAAAUUAAAGAGUUAUUAAAUGCUGGAAAGAAUAUGGAAAAAAGUUUUGCCUAUAGUGUUAAUAAUUCUAAAAAUUCAUCUUUGUUUAACAAUCUAACCAAUGCAACUACACACAAAGUUGAAGCAAUACCAGAUGAUGUACCAGCUUAUUUCGAGACUGUUUUAUUUGUGACAUCUUCUGGAGCACAAAUUACGUUUGGAUAUUUUGUUGUUUGUAUAUUGACUUUAAUACUAGCUCUAUGGAUUAUAUACUUAAAUGGAUUAGUUAUCCAGACACUGAUAUGUCAAAAGUUACAUAGUGAAGUGACCGACUAUUUCGUAUCCGCGUUAUCCCUAGCUGAUCUCUUCACUGGCAUACUGUUACUGUAUGUAACUUCAUACAGUAUUUUCCAGUACCAAAAUUACUGGGAAUGUCUUUUUCGAUUCGGAUUGACAUAUGGCAUUGGACAAAGCUCCUUUACUCACAUUCUCGCAAUAACAUUCGACAGAUUUGUAAAAAUCAUAUGUCCGUUCCGUUAUUAUUCCUUGAUCACUAAAAAGACAGUGAUCAUUACUUCAACUAUUAUUUGGAUCUUCUCAAUGAGCAUUGGACUGCUCCCUUUAUUUGUCUGGCAAAAGCAUUUCAAACCAAGCAAUAGCGAUGACACAGUCUGUCGAUUUUUUGGAGUGCUGCCUGAUGGAUAUUUUAUUGCCAACUUUAUAACCAGUCUGCUUACUUCAAUUGCAAUGUUGUCCAUGUAUGCGUGUAUCAUAUACACAGCAGUGAAGCAACAACGCAGAAUGAAACACCUUUUGGAUGGAUAUGAGUUAUCAAAACCUAAUUUUGAUGACCAGAAAUGGAGACUUGUGAAAACUGUUGCUUUCAUUGUAAUUGUCUCAAACUUGUGCUGGCUUCCUGGAGGUAAGAAUGAUUUGAUAGCAUUCUUACAAAAAACAUAUUGUACAGUUUGA